UUUGAGCUGGAGGAGGUUUUCGGAGAUAUGUUGAUGAUGGCACAGAGUCCAGCCUCCCGUGGAAAAACAAGAGAGAGCAGUCAAACUAAUCAGGUGCAAUACAGCCCUGACUUCCCCAAGAUGCUGACGAAAAGCAGUCCACGCUUUGGUGCCUUGAGUCAUCAAUCAUUCUUCUCACGGCACAACCCUCAUCCCAACCGGGUCAAACAUAUUCAAGGACUAAAUGGUCGGCCCGUCUGCAUGGUGAGGGAUGAUUGGUUCGUCACCUCAUCAUUGUUUCCUCAUCCACUUCUCAAGAGUCACGUCCUCCGGAAAGCAACUAAUCCAUCCUUAGAAUUUCGUCUCCCUGAGAAUAUUUAUGGAGUGAGUAGUAACAAAAAUAAAUCAGCGGCACAAUUUUCAGAAGCCUGGAGGGAUGAACUUAAAGACCUCGCGGCAAAAGUCAGUUUAUCUCCUCAAGCACAAAAGGACAGAAAAGAUGUCCGACCGGAGGAAGAAUUUGUCCGCCGAAAGACUCAAUAUUCAGCUGAAACAGGGAGAAUCGUUCCUCCAUCCACAAAGUCUUACCAACGCAGAGCCAAUUCCCAACGCCUGAUAUAUCCUCAGGCCUUUCAUGAUCAAGAACUCAUGGUGUUUGAGCAUCUUUGUCAGAUCCUGCAGACAGAUUCGCUGUCUACGGUCCAGCAGUGGCUUCUGCUUGCUGGACAAAGAGAGAAAGACCUGGUCAUGGGAAUGAUUAAGCAAGCUAUGGAUGGUGUGAACGUCUGGGGCAAUUAUCGGCCCGAGGCUUUUCAUCCUGGUGCAUCUCCGUCUCUGUAUGGUCCAUCGUUUGAUCAGUGGAGAACACCACAGGGAACGAGCUCAUACAAAGAGAUGCGAGCCUUCAGCAACAACAAACCAGAGAGGAUUGGAGAUGCAGAGGUCCUUGAAAUCCACGCAGGAGCUCAGAAUGAUCUUCAAGAUCACCCACUUCAGAGUGUAUAGAGUUCUCUAAUUUCAUAGUGAUAGCUGAAAAGGAUUUAUUGGUUCCCAUGUUUGUUGGUCCUUUGAUACUGUAGCAUUUUUGCCAUGUAGUGGUUUCUUAGAAACGCAAGUCAAUAUAAUGA